CGGUGCGCGCCGGCCCGCGGGGAUGCUGCGCUACAGCUCCGGCCUCACGGUCACCGCCACCACCCCCCGGGGACCGCCCGGGGACGGCGGCCGCGCCCGGCGGAAGAUGAACGUCUGCAGGUUGCGCUUAACAGUGCCUCCUGAUGAAGUCCCACAGCCAGAACAGGGAGUGAAGGAAACUGAAAGAAAGAAAAGCGAGCUCUACCACGUACCAAAUGGGAUGUCUCCAGGGAAGCUCUCUCAUGGGAUGGUCUAUGGUGUUGUGCACCGAACUGACAACAACCACAAGAGAGAAAUGGUGGUUUAUGGCUGGUCAGCUGAUCAGCUGAAAGAAGAGAUGAAUUACAUUAAAGAAGUGAGAGCAACUCUGGAAAAAGUAAGAAAGAAAAUGUAUGGUGAAUAUGAUGAAAUGAAACGAAAAAUACAGCAGCUUACAAAUGAACUCAAAGUGACAAAUGCUCAUCAGGAAUCCUUAGAGACUCAUGUGCGAGUGCAGGCCGCAGCCUUAGAUAGCUUUAGCGAAAUGAACAGCUCCUUGACAUCAGCAUCAAUAGACUUGCAGAAAACUCUAGUGGAUGUUACAUUGGAGAACACUGACAUAAAGGAACAAAUAAGGAAUCUAAAACAUACACAUGAGCAAUCUAUGGAAAAGCUGAGAGAGAAGCAAAAGCAACUGGAAACAGCACAAAUUGAAAAUCAGUUACUGAAGUUAAAGGUGGAAUCAUCGCAGGAAGCCAGUGCUGAAGUGAUGAGAGAGAUGACAAGAAAACUGUAUAGUCAGUAUGAGGAAAAGAUGCGAGAAGAGGAACAGAAACAUAAAGCUGAGAAAGAAAUCCUCCUGGAGGAAACAAAUCGGCUUCUGAAGGCUAUUGAAGAGGCCAAUAAGAAGAUGCAGAGUACAGAAACCAGCAUCCAGGAAAAAGACCAGAGAAUUGGGGAGCUGGACAGGCUGAUUGAACGCAUGGAAGUGGAACGUCAGCAGCUGCAAAAACAACUUGAAUUGAAUGAAAUACAAAUAUACGGAGCGAAAUCUGAAAACAACUCUGACAGUGAAAGGUCACAGCACUUGGAGGAGGUCGCAGCCAGCCUGAGAGAGCGAAUCAAACACCUGGAUGACAUGGUUCACUGCCAGCAGAAGAAAGUCAAGCAUAUGGUUGAGGAGAUUGAAAUGCUAAGGAAGAAAGUAAAAGAAAAGGAAUUAUUUAUAGUACAGCUUUUAGAAAAAAUCUCUUUCUUAGAAUGUGAGAAUAAAGAAUUACAAGAUAAACUGGACUACUUAAUGGAAAACCAACCAAAGACCAGUAUAGAAACCAGAGAUACUGCUGUAGAAUGUGACCUUCCAUACAGGAAGUUCAUUUCUAGGCUUCCAGAUAAGGGUAAGAAGAUCUCUGAUUUUGCUGAGAAGCUGAAGCUUGCCAUCUUGCAAGAGGAGGAACUAACCAGGACUGCUGAGCUGUUAUCUGCUGUCAGGUUGGAGUUUCAGGCAAAACAGGAGAAGAUUAAUACAAGCAAACAGGAAAACAAGGAUACACUGAACUGUGAAGAUUCCUUAGACUUUAAUGAAAACUCUAAUACUAAAGAAGUUUCUGAGAUUGCUUCCACAAGGCAGGAGGCAGAAUGUAUUGAGGAGGCUGCCACAAGUACAGCUUUGGAAAAUCAAAGGACUCAGAGGAAAAAUGAUGAAGUAAAGACUGUUAAAAAAGAUCAGAAUCAUUCUGCCGAAGUUGUUUCCACAUCAGCCACGAGCAGCCAUCUGAAAAAUGAUCAGCAGGUCUCUCAGAGUAGUACUGAGAAUGGUACAGAAAGUGCAGCUACUUUGGAUGACAGCAAAGACACCUUGGUUGAUGCCUUUCAAAAAAUUACAAUUGUAGAUGGAGAUAAGAGUGAAAAAAUAUUGGAAAAAGGGCAGAAUGUGGCAAAACAUAAGGGCAAUGUGUUUGGAAGCCAGUAUCCCAAGACACCACAUUACAUUGAAGUUCUGGAGGCUCGAGCCAAGAACCCAGUCAUAAAGAAAAGCAAAUUUAAAACAAAUGCACUAUCAGGAGAGCACAGUGGGUCAUCUCUUGGUUCCUCAUCGAGUCGGUCCCCUGGGGGACUUGGGUCUCCAAUUUCUGAUGAAGAAAGGCGACUCAGAGAUAAGAAACACUUGGAUGAUAUCACAGCAGCUCGACUGCCACCACUUCACCACUCCCCUGCUAAGCUGUUACCCAUAGAGGAGUCCAUAGCAAUUCAGAUACAGCAAAAAGAAGCUUAUGAGGCAAUGCAAGCCAAGCUUGCAGCACAGAAGCUUGCAGAGAGACUGAAUAUAAAAAUGCUCAGGUUUGAACCAGAGGGAGAGGCCUCAAUGCAGUACAGAGAAGUGAGAGAUGAAGAUUAUUUUUCAGCAGAGGACUGAAUUCCAGAAGGGAUGUCUGAGGAUUUGCCAUGUAACUGAUCUUUGUGCAGUACUUCUUAAAACCCAAACCUGAAUAUUGAGAAUGCUUGAUCUAAUAAUUUUUUUCUUUAAAUUUUCACCUUACAGCUACGGGAAGGGUUCGGUGUAAACCUCAUAAAUAUACACAUGACUAAGUGGUAACCUAAGUGCUAUUUGGGAACUGUUUUUCGAGCACUUGGGGCUGUUAAUCCUUUUGGAAUGCCCCACAGUUUUCAGCUUUAGCAAAGUGAGCUCUUUAAUACCCUUUUGCAGGCCACCUACAGGAGUUUUCUUCUGUGCUCAAAUGUGAUUGCAAAGGGCACACAUGUCCAUAAAGUAAGCCAAGGUGCCUGUGAACUGCUCACACAUAUGAAAGCUCUUGUCUUGUAUAAAUGUGAGAUACUUCUUUUACCUGUUUAAUAUUAUUUUGCUUUUACCUUGUGGGGAAAAUACAUACCCAGACAGCUACAAUAAAUCCACCAUCCUUAGGCUGUAAGUCAGCUUCUUAUCACAUAAGAACUUGUUUCUGUGCCUGCACCUUAAAAUAACACUUUCUGCCCUUAUGUUGUAAAUAGCUAAGAAUUUUAAGUUAUUUUGUAACUCAAAUUCUGUUUGGGCUUUAAGGGACUCUGCUGGGUUUUUUUUUUUUUGUUUCUCAUGACAAAGCACAUCAAGAGAUCAAGUUAAUCUGAAGACUUUAAUAUUUUUAUUAAAGAUUUUGAGGUUUUUCCUUAUUUUUGUACCCUGCUUUCAUACUUUGGAAUACUAUUUUUUCAUAAUGUAAAUUAAGAGAUCCACCCUCUGGUUUUCUUGGAGAAAAUGUUCUGUGUAUUUUGAAGUUGUAGCUGUUCUUUGAAGAUAAAUACCAAUCUUCCUUACAAUAACAUUUUCUGCAAUUUAAUAUGAAUUUUUGAAAGAUCAGGAACACCCCUGAGAAAUAUCUUACAAUGAUAUUCCAUGUUGACUAGGAUAUUCCAAGCCCAGUUUGAGUUCUGUUCUAAAAAGCAAAACUCAGAGAUUCCUUGUAUAAUCCAUCAACACCUGUUUUCCAAGAUGUUGCAGCACCUGUGUUGCAGGGCUGUCCCUGGAUGUGUCCAUACUGCUGCAGGAAUGGUGUCUCUGGAAAUCAAAGCUGCAGGUCAUUCAAAAAGCUGCAUAUUAUCUAGAAAUGGGGGAGGAGGGUCUCUAAUGUUCCUUGAGUGCAUACAGCACUUUAGUAACAGACAGUAACUCUCUCCCAAACGCUCCACAAGCUCUCCUAGGCAGUCCCUGUGGCACAGUCCAUACCCUGGCACUGUGGUUUGACAGGUGGAACUGCUGCUGUGCUAAUAGGUGGCAUUUUUUAUCUAGGUCUUCUGUUGCUCUUUCCUCUACCCCUUUCUCUCACAGCCUUCAUGUUGUCAUUGUUCAUUGGCUUCUCAUCAGCUGCUCUUCUCUUUUUCUGAUUAGAUUUAACCUCCUGUCACUCAGCCAGAUUCAUACUCUGCACCUCUGCACCACCCAUUCCCUUUCAUAUGACACUGCUGGGUCUGCAUUUAACUCCUGCCCUGUGUCAUGGAUCCUCCUGCCACUGCUACCUUACCUUGCUUUCUGGAACUCCAUCCAAAUACCAGCUGUGCACCUGGGCAUCUUCUGCUCAUCUCAGUCCAUUGAAUAUCCCACAGAGACCUGAAUGUCUUUGAGUUUUUGCCACAGCUGCUUUCCUAUUGAGUCCUUGCUUUCUUAUUUCCCAUAUUGGUUUCAGACUCUGCAGGUGUUUGACCCUUCCAGGCCUUCUGUUCUUUUUAUCACCUUUUCCUGUGGUGUUUUUUCUUUUUUUUCUCCUCUCUUUUCUGUGUUCCUUCUUCAUCCUCCCAGCUUCUCACCAACACUUGCCUUUAAAGGUCAGCACAAUUUUUGGCAUGUUGUCAGUCAUUCACGUUCAUCCCUCAGCAUCCAUGCUGAUGACCCAGCUGAUCCCCAGUUGUAUCUGUUUCUGUUUAGCCAGAACACAGGCCAGGAGUGCUCCUCUCUUGUGGAUGCUGCUCAUCUCUCAGGUCACCUGCUUAUGCAGCUGCAUCUUGUCAUCAGCCCUCUCCUCACUGCAGUCUGUACUGCCUAAGGACAACCCUUAGGAGUGUUUUGGCUUUCCCUUUGCUGUUGCAUGAAGCACAAGUUGCCACUUCCAGGCCGUUCACAUCUCUUCCCCUUCCCAGGAUCAUCACCCUUGUCCCAGUACUGGCUGUGCUGUCUCCUUUUACGAUGCUGUGUUUUCUCCAUGCUGGCUUUUCUGUGCUAAAGGAAUCCACACCAAACUGCACAGUAGGGAUCUGUUUUCUGGAGUAUUGAAAUCUAUCUCAGCAUAGGCUUCUGCUGACCAUCCCUUUCCUUAACGAAAACUGAGCUUUCCUUGCACUGUUAACACUCACUUUUGCUCUCUAAACUUUGUGAAG